AUGUCAAGAGAUUCUUCAUUGCCACUUUUAAAAAUAUAUACUGUGGAGGAUCUCCCAUUGAACACUGAUCCUGAACCUUUUAUAGAUGUUGGUGAAUAUGAUAUUAAUAGACCUAUAGCUAUAGAUUUUGGUUCAUACAAUGUUAAAGCCGGUUAUACUGGUCUAUCUGAUCCAAACUUAGUAUUUCCUACAAGAUUAACCAGACAUCGUGACAGGAAAGUAGCAAAGACAUUCACUUUUAUUGGUAAUAAUACUCGAUUAGAUCAGACUGUAAGAUCUCAAUCAAAAACGCCCUUUGAUGGUAGUAUUAUCACCAACUGGGAUUAUGUGGAAGAUAUAAUGGAAUAUACGUUUCAUCAUCUUGGCGUGAAACCAAAUAAUGGAGUACAGAACCCUUUGAUUAUAAAUGAAAGACUUGCAUGUUUACAAUCACAAAGACAGAACUGGUAUCAGAUUCUCUUUGAGACUUUCAAUUUACCUAAAGUUGCAUUUGGUAUAGACUCUUUAUUUUCAUUUUACUAUAACACACAAGCUAGCAAUAAAUCAAAUGGAGUUGUGAUUAAUUGCAGUCAUGAAGAAACCGACAUUAUACCUAUUGUGGAAAGUCAACCAAUUUUGGGUGAAUGUAAAAGAAUAAAUUGGGGUGGUAGACAUUCUGUGGAAUUUUUAAGUGAUAUUUUAACUUUAAAAUAUCCAUACUUUCCAUCAAAAUUGUCCUCGUUUCAAUAUGAAUACAUGUAUCAUAAUUUUUGUUACACUUCAAGCAAUUAUUCAAAGGAGCUUGAAAAUUUGUUGUCAUUAGAUGUAUUGGAAGAUAAAAAUAUUGUUAUUGAAGUACCAUUCACUGAGAUUUUACAACCAAAAAAGUCUGAGGAAGAACUUAAACGACAAGCUGAGAAGAGGAAAGAGACUGGUAAAAGAUUACAAGAGCAAGCUAAACAAAGAAGGAUGGAAAGACUGGUACAAAAAACUGAAGAAUAUGAAUAUUUUUCUCAUGUUAGAGAGCAAUUAAUUGGACAACCCAAGAAAACUGUUCUUUCCGUUUUGCAAAAUGCUGGGUUUGAUGAUGAAGCUGACUUCAAAAAAUAUAUGUAUAACCUGGAAAAAUCAUUGAAAAGAGCUCAGUUAUUAGAAGCUGAUGAACAUGAUGAUAAUAAUAAUGAUGGUGAUGACGAUAAUAAUCAAAAUAAAUUUGAUCUUAUUGAUAUACCCGAUAGCGAAUUAACAGAAGAUCAGAUUAAAGAGAAAAGAAAACAAAGAUUUCUUAAAGCUAGUUAUGAUGCAAGACAGAAGGCUAAAGAGGAGAAAGCUCGAAUAGCAAAACUGGAGGAAGAGGCUAGGAUUAAAGAUCAAGAAUGGCGUGAGACUAAUCUAAACAGCUGGAUUAAAGAUAAAAGAAAUAAACUAAAUGCUCUUAUUAAGAAAAGAAAAGAUAAAUUAAAAUUAAGAGAUGAAAUGAAAGAUCGUAAAUCACAAGUUGCACAAAAGAGGAUGCAAAAUUUAGCAAACUUAGCUGAGGAUAGCCCUCGUUCUAAAAGAAAUAGACAUCAGGCAUCAAUUGAUAAUGACCCAAAUGAUACCUUUGGUGCAAAUGAUGAAGACUGGGAUGUUUAUAAUGACAUCACACAAAAUCCUGAAGCUUUUGAUGAGUUAUUAGAGGAAGAAUAUAAGGAGAUAGUUGAAUUAGAAGGCAAGCUAUUAGAAUACGAUCCUAAUUUUACAGAAGAAGAUACACUGGAUGCCCAAUACGAUUGGAGGAAUUCAGUUUACCAUUUAUUUUUGAGAGGUCCAAGACCGCAUGAUAGUGAGGACCCACACCAGCAACAUCAAAUGCAUCUUAAUGUGGAACGUAUUAGAGUUCCAGAAAUUUUAUUUGAGCCUACUAUUGGUGGACAGGAUCAAGCAGGUAUAGCAGAGUUGUGUGAAACUAUGGUUACCAAGAAAUUUGGUUCAAAACCUUCACAGUUAAGUGAAACUGCCUUACAGAUGUGUAAAAAUGUUUGGCUAACAGGUGGGAAUUCCCAAAUCCCAAAUCUAAGACAAAGAAUUGUAAAUGAAUUCACAAGUUUUCUACCCUCAGGUACACCAAUCGGUGUUUAUAUAAGCAAAAACCCGUCAUUAGAUUCAUGGAGAGGUAUGUCAAAAUUUGCUCAAGACGAAAAGCUUUUGAAUGAGGCAAUGAUCACAAGAAAAGAAUACGAAGAAUAUGGUCCUGAUUAUAUCAAAGAACAUAAACUAGGUAAUUGCAAGUACUUCGAGUAG